GAAAAGAUGGCUGAACUUGUCCUCAAUGUUGUUGUAGAGGGAAUCUUAGUCAAGGCGAUGUCACUAGCUAGUAAGCAUAUCGGUUCUGUGUGGGGUUUCAAGAAGGAGCUACGUAAGCUUCAAGUCUCAUUAACCAAGAUUCAGGCUGUGAUACAUGAUGCUGAGAAAAGGCAAAUAAGUGAUGAGUCUGUGAAGAGCUGGCUACUGGAGCUUAAAGAUGUAGCUUAUGAAGCUGACAAUGUCCUAGAUGAGUUUGGGUAUGAGAUUCUUCGUCAAAAGGUGGAGUCUCAAAAGAGAAAGAAGGUACGCAGCUUCUUUUCACCCUCCAAUCCUAUUGUAUUCCCCUUUAAGAUGGGAAACAAGAUAAAAAGCAUCAACCAAUCGUUGGAUAGAAUUAAGACUGAUGUAGCUCUCCUUGGUCUUAGAGAGUCUUUGAACCCAAUCCCCAAGAUCAGUCUGGAUCAGGAAACAGACUCUUUUAUUGAUGAUUUGGAAGUUGUAGGACAAGGAGAUGAUGUCUUAAAAAUUGUCAACUUGUUGAUUGGUGCAAAUAAUCAACGAGUUAUCUCGGUUGCUCCUAUUGUGGGUAUGGCAGGUCUCGGAAAGACAACUACAACAAAACUAGUUUACAAUCAUGAACUAGUAAAGAAACAUUUUGAUGUGAAGAUGUGGGUAUGUGUAUCUGAUAAUUUUGAUGUUAAAAGGAUUUUAAGAGAGAUUCUUGAAAUCCUUGACAAUAAUUGUAGUGGGUUAGAAAAUAAAAAUGCUAUACUUCACCAUCUUCAAGAGAAGUUGCAGGGAAAAAGAUAUCUUCUCAUACUUGAUGAUGUGUGGGAUGAAGAUCGUGAGAAAUGGGAUAGUUUAAGGAGUAGUUUGUUGGGAAUUAAUCAAAAUAAUGGAAAUAAUAUUCUCGUAACUACUCGUAAGGACAAUGUUGCACAAAUCAUGAAGACGAGUCUCAUACAUAAAUUGGAAAAACUAUCAGAAGAUGAAUGUUGGUUAAUAUUUAAGGAAAAGGCAUUUGCAAAUGAAAGAAUUCCAAUAACUCCAGAUUUGGAGGAUAUUGGAGGAAAGAUUGCUAAAAGAUGUGGAGGGAAUCCAUUGGCUACAAGAGUUCUGGGAGGAAUGAUGCGCCUUAAAGAGGAUAAAAGUGAAUGGUUAUUGAUUCAAAAUAGUAAGACUUGGGAUUCGAUGGAGGACAAUAAUGGAGUUUUUCCAAUAUUAAAGUUAAGCUUUGAUCAUCUCCCAACACCAUCUCUAAAACAAUGUUUUGCAUAUUGUUCAAUUUUUCCCAAGGAUUUUAUUAUUGAAAAGAAACUACUAGUUCAACUCUGGAUGGCUGAAGGGUUCCUUCAAACACCUAAAAGAAGUUUUUCAGUGAUAGUGGAUAUUGGUAACAAGUAUUUUGAUUUCUUAGUGGCAAAUUCCUUAUUUCAAGAUCUAGAAAGGGAUUCUUAUGGUGAUAUUACUUGGUGCAAGAUGCAUGAUCUUGUGCACGAUCUUGCGCUCUCAAUUUCAGAAGGGGAAACCUUGCAUUUGGAGGGCAAUUUGGGGGAUGACAUUAAUGUCUCUCAUACUCGACGUUUAUCUCUUAUAUCUGAUGGCCAUACGACACCUGCAAUCCCAUUAUCUAAAGAUGGCAUGGGUAGGUUACGCACAAAAGAGUUACCCGAGUCCAUCGGUAUGUUGAGACAUUUAAGGCUUCUUCGCAUCAAGGACACCUACAUCAAAGUAAUACCCAAUUCUGUUAGCAUGCUUUACAACUUGCAAACUCUAGUAAUCAAGGGUUGUCGUCUUCUCAAAGAGCUUCCAAAAGAUCUACAAAACUUGAUUAACUUGAGACAUAUUGAUAUUGACAACAUAAUGAAAUUGCCGACUGAUAUUGGGCGGUUGACUUGCCUUCAAACACUGCCUUUCUUUAACGUUGGUCAAGACAUUGGUGGUCAAAUUGGAGAACUAGGAUGCUUAAGCCAACUCAGAGGAGAAUUGAGUAUUUAUCAUUUAGGGCACGUGAGAGAUAAAGAAGAAGCCAAAACUGCAGAUUUAGCAGAAAAACCAGAAGUACACGAAUUGGAAUUCUGUUGGUCUUGGCAGGAUGAAAGGGAAGGCAACAACAAUGAUGAGGAUGUACUGGAAGGCCUUCAGCCUCACCCAAAUUUGAAAAGCUUAAAGAUAGUAUUUUUCGAAGGUGAGAAUUUCCCUUCAUGGCUAUUGGGGAGUGAUAAUAUUAGGGGUGGCUUGUUACUUUUUGAUCAUCUAUUGGAGAUUUGCUUAAGCUACUGUUCGAAGUGUAAAAAACUGAACGAAAUGGGAAAAUAG